AAUGCAAAAUUCUACAAAUUCCAUUCCAGCGCAAAAAUUGGUAGAAUUAGAUAAAAACAGUUUUACCGGAAUAAUUUUGAUCAAAAUCGGGCCAAAUCUAUUAAAAACCUAAUAAAUAAUAAACAAUAAGAUUAUGAAAACUACAUAAACAACUAAAGACAAUAAAACAAACAUCAAAAACAGGGAAGUGUAUAGAAAAAAGAAGAACUAAAGACAAAACAAAAAGAAAAUUAGAUAAGAAAAAAUACAGAAAAAUUUAAGGCAAAACAUAUUCGAAACAAAAUAAAUUUUAAUUGCAUGUUGGUAAAAUUAAAUUUACGAAAUAUUUUUGGACAUGAGUAGCCAAAGUCAUCGUAAAAUGUCUGGCAUACGUUUGCCAAAUAAACCACGAACUGAUGAAAUAGAACUUACAGAACUUUUUUCCGCCCAAAUGGCUCAACUUUGCUUAAAUGACGAUUACUCUGAUGUCGCCUUUAUUGUGGAAAAUCAAAGGCUGCCCGCCCAUCGCGUAAUGUUGGCUGCUCGCAGUGAAUACUUUCGUGCCCUUUUGUAUGGUGGCCUCUCUGAAUCGAAACAGUCGGAAAUACAUCUUAAGGUGCCUGUAGAUGCUUUUAAGGCUUUACUGCGUUAUAUUUACUCCGGUCACUUGUCGCUAACACAAAUGGAUGAAGAUAACAUAUUAGAUACAUUGGGUUUGGCCAAUCAAUAUGGUCUCUCCGAAUUGGAAUUGGCUAUAUCUGAUUAUUUGCGCCAAUAUUUGGCCUUGUCAAAUGUUUGUGCUAUUUUGGAUGCUGCACGUCUUUAUAAUUUAGAGAAAUUGACCAGAGUUUGUUUGACAUUUAUGGAUCGUAAUGCUGCCGAUAUAUUACAACAUGAAUCUUUUAAGAAUUUAUCAAAAGAAUCUCUAGAAGAGGUAUUGAGACGCGAUUCUUUUUUUGCUCCCGAAGUACAGAUAUUUGUAGCCGUAUGGGAGUGGUGCAAGCACAAUAAAAAUGUUGAUAUACAGUCUGUCGUAUCUUAUGUACGCCUACCACUCAUGAAUCUCGAACAUCUACUACAAGUUGUACGUCCAUCAGGCAUCUUAGAACCCGAUAAGCUUCUAGACGCCAUAGAAGAACAAAAUACAUCAAAAUAUUUACCUUAUCGGGCUGCCUUGUGGCCGGAGGAAAAUGUAGCGACUGCAAAAUUUGUAUCACGUACCAUACAGGGAGAAUGCCGUGCAGAGCUUCUAAAUGGCGAUGUUACCACAUAUGACAUGGAAAAGGGUUAUACACGUCACUGCAUUACAGAUACCAACGAUAGCGGUAUUACUGUAGAACUGGGCACUGCUUGUAUAAUAAAUCACAUCAAGAUACUGCUUUGGGAUCGUGAUAAUCGUGCUUAUUCAUAUUUCAUUGAAGUUUCUGCCAAUCAAAUACAAUGGGAUCGUGUUAUUGACUAUUCCCAAUAUCACUGCCGUUCAUGGCAAUUUUUAUAUUUUCAAGCUCGGCCGGUGCGUUAUAUUAAAUUGGUGGGCACACAUAAUACCGUAAAUAAAGUAUUUCAUGUGGUGGCUUUAGAGGCCAUGUACACUACAAAUCUACCGAAAGUAAUUAAUGGCAUUGUUGCGCCCACAGCAAAUGUGGCCACCAUUGAAAUGAGUGCAGUAGUGGUGGAUGGUGUUAGCCGCACUAGGAAUGCUUUAAUUAAUGGCAAUUAUAUUGACUAUGAUUGGGAUUCGGGUUAUACUUGUCAUCAACUGGAUAGCGGUGAAAUUUUAGUGCGUUUGGGACAACCCUAUAUAAUUGGUUCAAUGCGUUUAUUGCUAUGGGAUUGUGAUGAUCGCAACUACAGUUUUUAUAUUGAAACUUCAACAAAUCGCAAAGAUUGGGUUAUGGUAGUAGAUAAACGUAAUGAAAAAGCCCGAUCAUGGCAAAACUUUUCAUUUAAUCCCCUACCAGUCGUAUUUAUACGCAUAGUGGGUACACGUAAUACCGCCAAUGAAAUCUUUCAUUGUGUCCACUUGGAAUGUCCGUCACAGGAUCCGAAUUUUAUACUUAUUGAAAAAGAAAAACAACGUGCUGUAGAAGAACGUAAACAACAACAUAAACUUGCCGAUAAUCAACCCAGUUCAAGCAGAGAAAAUACGCCACGCCUGAAUUUAAAUUUAGACCAAGCGCCGCAAGUAGAAGAAGGUGUACUCGUCCAACUUGACAAUAGUUAUUUAGAAGAAAACAACUAAGUAUUAUUAUUACGUGAACAUUAAAAAUGAAGAAAUACGAAUAUAAAAAUACCAAAUAAUAUCUCCAAAAAGAUUUUAUUUUAGUAAUUAGCUUGUUUAUAAAGUUUAUAUAUUUAAAAGAAUCAAAUCUUAAGCAAUAGUAUUUGUAAAUUUUUGUCAGCAUGAUUUACAAAAUUAAUUAAAGCAAUAUUUUUUUUGUUUUCUAAUGGACGCUCGAUUUAAAUUAAAAAAUAAUUGACAUUUAAGAUGUAAAUUUUUCAAAAUCAAUUUUGUCUAGCAGUUAAACUGUUAGAUUAAAUGUUUUCUCUGAUUUUGUUGUAAAAGGUACAAAUUUGAUAAAUACACUUGUUUGCAUGCUUAUCAUUAUUGCUUAUUGUGUAAAGCUAAUAAUUCUUUAACAUUCACACUUAAAAAAUAUUAUAUUUUGCUUAAUUUAUAUUAUUAUUAAACAUUAUAAAUUAACCCAUUUACACAGUUCUUUUUUUUUUUUUGCUAAAAAUAAACAAAA